AUGGACACGCUCAGGAUUCAAUGCGACCGCCUUGAGGAGGCUCUCGAAUCCACUGCAACGAGCGUGGAAGAGUUCUCAAGUACGCACACGACAUCACAUGCCAACCUGGAGCCGCUCGUGACUGAGCUCUCUGAACUACGACGGUCCACCGCAGCUCUCCGCGACAAGGCUGCUUCUUUUGAUGACGGCGCCACGCCCAUCCCAGAUGAUGUGUUCCGUGGCAUCAAGAUGGUGCCGGCCAACUGCGUCGGCAUCGUGCCAAUGGACGCUGAUCGACUGGUGAGGCCGCUCGAGACCGGUAGGCGGGCCUUGGACGUGGCCGUGGCCGGGCUGGACAUGGCGACGGGCGUCAACAUGGCCGAGCAGACGGGUGACUCGCCGCCGUACGCAACGACGUCGAUUGUGCCCGAAAUCCUCUACAUCAAGGUCCGCCUUGCCGAGGACCGCGACCGCAACGCCAACACAGUGCAGACUGUGGUGCUGACCGAGUUCCUCGAGGCACUGCAGCGCUUCGCCUCGCAGCAUUCGGGCAAUCUCGUGCCCCCGCCGAUCGAGCAGCACCGCAACAGCAACGUGGCUUCAUCCGACGCGGCCUCGCUCCCCGGUGGCAGCGGCAGCGGCAGCGGCAGCGGUGGUGGUCCGGACUCUUUCCAGGCCCCGGACGACUCUACUCGUGCGCCUUCGCCUGGCCUCGACGGUCUGGACGCCGGCGACCUCGGCCGCCCGACGCCAGCCUACUCGGCCAUCAGACUACCCCCGGCACCGCAACGUAUGGACCUCCGCCACGUCUCGCGCCUGCCGACCCUCGAGUCCGAGAUCCUCGGGAUCGCCUUUGACGCCACGGCCCGCGUGCCCCGCGUGGCCGUGACAACGUACCACCAUCGCGUGCGCUUCUUCCACAUGAAGGUGCCCGAGGGACGGGAACAGAUGGCCGGCCGCUUCAACCUCAACGGCACGUCCAUGUGCCUCUCGCCCGCGGGACCCUCGAUGGCCGUGGUGCAAGAGCACAUGGACAACCUGUCAACAUCGGCGUACGAGCGCCUGGAGCUGUCCAGACGGCAGGCGGGCUCACGGGAAACGCUGCAUGACGGCCGCACGUUCCUGGACCCUGAGGUCGUCGUCUUUGGCUAUGCAAAGCAGACGUAUCUCACGAAGCACCUGCGCUGGCCCGGCGCCAGACCCUUUGCCUUCUCGCCGAACGGGGCGUGGCUUGCCGUCAGGGGCGUCCUGGGACGCGUCGAGGUCUGGGACGUCGCCGGUGGCGGCAAGGGGGUCGGUGUCGUACGGAGCCACACUGCGGACGUGUUCGAGGCGCGGUUCACGGCCGGAGGCGACGGUCUCGUGACCAUGAGCAGGGACGGGACGCUGCGGGUGACGAGCACCAUGACGUGGCAGGGGACAGCCAAGCUCGAGGUGGAUGAGUGGAAGAACCCAGUGUUUCUCGCCGUGUCAGUAGCCGGCUCCGUCGUCGCUUCGGUCUGGGGUCGAAAAGUGUACUUGUGGGACCCGGACACGGGGGCCCUCGACAAUUGGUCUCUUGAUGGGCCUGGGGGCGAGGGAUGGCCACUGGCGGCGAGUCCCGACCUGAGGUUCUUGUGCUGCCGGACAGAGAAUGGUGCUGAUGUCAGGGACAUGGCGACGGGGAGGGUGUUGUGCAGGAUGGGCUUCGGGCAGGGCUUUGCGAGCUCGGCGGCGUUCAGCUUGGAUAGCAAAUAUCUGACGGUUGGCCGGGCCCUUGGCGGACAUCAUGUGAGAGAGGCCCUGGGCAGGGUAGACUUUUGGGAAAUCAUCGAGUAG